UGACUGGGACAAGUAUUUGAAAGAGACUGGGUCUGUAAGUGCUCCUUCAGAAUGUUUCAGACAGUCUAAGAUACCACCAACUAAUGAAUUCCAAAUUGGUAUGAAGUUGGAAGCCCGUGACCCUCGCAAUAUUGAUUCAGUGUGUGUUGCUUCGGUCAUUGGCAUUACUGGAGCCAGAUUGCGUCUACGGCUGGAUGGUUGUGACAAUAAGAAUGAUUUUUGGAGACUUGUGGAUUCAUCAGACAUACAGCCUGUUGGGACAUGUGAACAAGGAGGAGAUUUGCUUCAGCCUCCACUGGGGUGCAGAAUGGGUUCUUCUUCAUGGUCCAUGUUCUUACUACGUGUCCUAACUGGAUCUGAACUGGCACCUGCAGUGUUCUUUAAGAAGGAACCACCACGUCCACCCCAAAAUAAUUUUGUAGUUGGGAUGAAGAUUGAAGCUAUCGAUAGAAAAAAUCCAUUUAUGAUCUGUCCUGCCACAAUUGGAGCUGUCUAUGGAGAUGAAAUUCAUAUUAAUUUUGAUGGAUGGAGUGGAAAAUUUGAUUAUUGGUGCAGCUAUGACUCCCGAGAUAUCUUUCCAGUUGGAUGGUGUCGCCUCACAGGAGAUGUAUUGCAGCCACCAGGAAAAAUUGUUCCAAAAAGACCAAGGAAAAAACCAACAACCAGACAAUGGAGAUUAAGAAACGCUCUUUUGGGAAAUACAGAAGCAGCCCCAGAAGCUGCAGAAAAACCUGGGUGCAGUGUAUUCACCAGCACUUUGGGGGAUGAAGACAGAACUUUGAAAGAUGACCAAGCAGCUCCAGCUGAGAAAAAACCCAGGGACAGAGGAUUCACCAAACCUUCGGAAGAUGAAGCCAGACCAGGGGGAGAUGUCCAAGUAGCCCCAGUUGAGAAAAAACCCAAGGGCAAAAGAGUUACCAAACCUUGGAAAGACCAGCCCACAUCUUUUGAAGAUGAAGCAGCAGCCCCAGGUGAUUGUGUUGCUUUGUUUGUCUAUACUGACUUACAAGCUGAGAAAAAAUGCAAGGGCAAAACAGUCACCACUCCUUGGACUGGCCAACCCAGUCUCUUUGCAGAUCAAGGAGCAGCCCCAGCUGAGAAAAAACAGAAGGGCAAAACAGUCACCACACCUUGGACUGACCAGCCCAGACUGUUUGCAGAUCAAGGAGCAGCCCCAGCUGAGAAAAAACGCAAGGUCAAAACAGUCACCACACCUUGGACUGACCAACCCAGACUUUUUGUAGAUCAAGGAGCCGCCCCAGCUGAGAAAAAACGCAAGGGCGAAACAGUCACCACUCCUUGGGCUGGCCAACCCAGUGUCUUUGCAGAUCAAGGAGCAGCCCCAGCUGAGAAAAAACGCAAGGGCAAAACAGUCACCACUCCUUGGGCUGGCCAACCCAGUGUCUUUGCAGAUCAAGGAGCAGCCCCAGCUGAGAAAAAACGCAAGGUCAAAACAGUCACCACACCUUGGACUGACCAACCCAGACUUUUUGUAGAUCAAGGAGCCGCCCCAGCUGAGAAAAAACGCAAGGGCAAAACAGUCACCACUCCUUGGGCUGGCCAACCCAGUCUCUUUGCAGAUCAAGGAGCAGCCCCAGCUGAGAAAAAACGCAAGGGCAAAACAGUCACCACACCUUGGACUGGCCAACCCAGUCUCUUUGCAGAUCCAGGAGCAUCACCAGCUGAGAAAAAACACAAGGGCAAAAGAGUCACCAAACAUCGGAAAGACCAAGCCCAGUUUUUAGCAGAUGAAGAAGCAAUGCCAGCUCUUUUCUCAGCUCUUAGUGUGAGUAGUACAGAGACAACACUACCUUCUUCCUCUGAACAACCAAAUUCUUCUACCUCCAAAGGGGCUCAAUCUUCAAGGAAGUCUCCACGAAAAACAAGUGUUGUGCAACCAGUACCAAAGACCAGAAAGAAAUCAGGACAAACUAAGUCUACUGGAGAUACUUCGUCCACUAAGAAGGGCAUUACUAUUAAAAUUGUCCUACCAAAGAAAAGAGGUGGAAAGUCUGGAAAAAAGGAAAAGAGUAUUCCAGUUGUUUCUUCUACAUCUUCAGCUUCUUUAAGUUCACCAAGGAGAAGUUCUUCAUCUAAUAGGACUUCUGUGGGGCCCUCUGAAAUAGUGAUGUCUACAAUCUGUGUGUAUAUAAAUAAACAUGGAGAUUCUGGCCCCUACCUGGAUCCACAGAAGGUUCAGCAGCUACCUGACCACUUCGGCCCAGGCCCUGUGAAUGUGAUUCUCCGGCAGACUGUGCAGGCCUGUGUGGAUAGUGCCUUUCAGGCCAAGACUGUCUUUCUACUUCUUAAGCCAGAUAAUAGGGGAGGAGAAAUGAUAACUGCCUUCUUCGAUGGGAAAGCUCAUACUGUUCAUCUCCCUCCAGUGAACAGUGCAUCAUUUGCACUUCACUUUCUUGAAAAUUUCUGCCGCAGCAUGCAGUGUGAUAAUUUUUUGAGUAGCCAGCCUUUCAGACGUAAGGCUCAUACCUCAACUGCAGGCAUUGAUCAAAGCAAACCAGGAAAUGAGGAACAAAGGGGAACCUUCAAACGAUUGUCUCUGGAACCUCAACCUUCUGCUUCUGUCUCAUCUAAGAUUCCCAGAAAGUCUGGGCGAGCCUCUAAAGCUUCAAGUUAUAUAGCUGUACCUGACCCCAGUGUCCUGAAACAAGGCUUCUGUAAGGACCCUUCAACCUGGUCUGUGGAUGAAGUGAUACAGUUUAUGAAACAUACAGAUCCUCACAUAUCAGGCCCCCUCGCCGACCUCUUCAGGCAACAUGAAAUUGAUGGGAAAGCUUUGCUACUACUGAAGAGUGAGCUGCUGAUGAAGUAUAUGGGGCUGAAAACUAGGACCAGCAUUAAAACUAUGUUACUACAUUGA